AUGCGUCGCCGCCAUCACCUCCGAUACAACACAUGCCUGCUCGGAGCCUCGGAGAGCUUUUUCUUCCGAGCUCAGGCGGACGGGGAGCAGGUGGGCAUAAACCAAUGGGGGCGAGCGAAGGAGCUAGGGCGAGUGGCUAGCGCUAGCGGGGCUCAUGCUAUGGAAGCGAAAGCGGCGGUGCGGACAGAAAGAGAAGUACUUUCCACCACCACCGCAGCCAACUACACCAGUGCCGCCCCCCUUUCCCGCGCCGAGCCUUUCUCAGCCGCUCUCGGCCGCCUCCGCCGCCCUCCUCCCGAGACCGAGAGCAUGCGCACCAACAAGGAGCAGAGGAGCACCUCCUCCCGCCACAGCGGUCCGCGGCGCUUCAACAACGCCGUCGACAAAGGCAGCGUCCGGACGCUCUCGUCCAACCCCUACGGCUUCACCUCUUCUGGCGAGGAGGACGAUGGCACCGACGGUUACGGCGACGACGACGACACGGAGACUUUCUUGUCCUCAAGAAGCCUCAUGUCCUCCGACUCCUCUGGCUUCUACGCGUACAGGAAGCAGCUGCAGCCGCCACCCAAGAACAAGAGCCACCUGCGCCGCCAGAGGAGGCGGCGGCGUUGCUGUCGGCGGCCAUCGGCGAGCUGCGUGGAGACGUGCGGCGCCGGAGCUGUGAGGGAGACGCGGUUCCGUCCUCUGGUGGCGAUGGAAACAGUGACGGCCACCGCUGCGGCGGUGGAGCAGGUACGGAAGGGGCUGGCGGUGGUGAAGCGGUCACGGGAUCCAUACGGCGACUUCCGGGAGUCGAUGGUGGAGAUGAUCAUGGGGCGUCAGGUGUUCGGCGCGGGGGAGCUGGAGCGGCUGCUGCGGUCGUACCUGUCGCUCAACGCGCCGCGCUUCCACCACGUCGUCCUCCAGGCGUUCUCCGACGUCUGGGUCGUCCUCCACGGCGGCUAG